CCUACCCAGCUCUUUCUAGAACCUUCCAACUCUAACUCUCUCUCUCUCUUUCUUAUCUACCCCCAUCUCCUCCAAAUCACUGCAUCAGCCCCUCCGUCCUUAACCUCUUCGGCCCCCAAAUUUCUAGGGUUAGGGUUUGCGUCGUCAAGCCACGAAGUGUAUUUAGACAACAAAUACGCAUUGUAAUUCUUGAGUUACACAUACGUUUCUUUAUAGACGAAAAUGGCGUCAGCUGCUGCUCAAAUUCACGUUCUCGGAGCUACUCCUUUGUCUUCUUCGAAGGGCUCGAAUGGUGGCAAAUGCUCGAAAACUGUGUUCUUUGGUCAGGGACUGAACAACACUGUGUCGUUUGGACUUCCCAAGUCUGCCUUUUUGACGUUAAAGAAAAACAAUCGUACUAGAAGAGGUUAUAGUACGAAACCGUUUCGAGUCGUAGCUGAGAAGGUGGUCGGAAUCGAUCUCGGCACCACCAACUCCGCCGUAGCAGCCAUGGAAGGAGGUAAGCCGACUAUUGUGACCAAUGUGGAAGGGCAGAGGACGACGCCGUCAGUGGUGGCGUAUACGAAGAACGGUGACCGGUUGGUGGGGCAGAUCGCCAAGAGGCAGGCGGUGGUGAACCCCGAGAACACAUUCUUCUCAGUGAAGAGGUUCAUUGGGAGGAAAAUGGCUGAAGUGGAUGAGGAGUCGAAGCAGGUGUCAUACAAUGUGGUCCGAGACGAGAAUGGGAAUGUUAAGCUCGAGUGUCCGGCUAUUGGAAAGCAGUUUGCUGCCGAAGAAAUUUCAGCUCAGGUCUUGAGAAAGUUGGUGGAUGAUGCAUCAAAGUUUUUGAAUGAUAAAGUUACUAAGGCUGUCGUCACAGUUCCUGCAUACUUUAAUGACUCUCAGAGGACAGCAACAAAGGAUGCUGGUCGUAUUGCUGGGUUGGAAGUUCUUCGAAUUAUCAAUGAACCAACUGCUGCCUCAUUGGCUUAUGGUUUCGAAAAGAAGAACAAUGAAACCAUUUUAGUUUUUGACCUGGGAGGUGGUACUUUUGACGUCUCAGUUCUGGAGGUUGGUGACGGAGUGUUUGAGGUGCUUUCUACCUCCGGAGAUACACAUCUGGGUGGUGACGACUUUGACAAGAGAAUUGUCGACUGGCUUGCUAAAGAUUUCAAAAAAGAUGAGGGCAUUGAUCUUUUGAAGGACAAACAAGCUCUUCAGCGUCUGACUGAAACAGCAGAGAAAGCCAAAAUGGAACUGUCAUCUUUGACACAAGCAAAUAUUAGCUUGCCUUUCAUUACAGCCACUGCUGAUGGCCCUAAACACAUUGAAACGACCCUUACGCGGGCAAAAUUUGAGGAACUAUGUUCAGAUCUGCUUGACAGGCUUAAAACACCAGUUCAAAAUGCCUUGAGGGAUGCAAAACUGUCAUUCAGUGAUCUUGAUGAAGUGAUCCUUGUUGGUGGAUCAACACGUAUACCUGCUGUUCAGGAACUUGUUAAUAAAAUGACUGGGAAAGCACCUAAUGUUACUGUCAAUCCUGACGAAGUUGUUGCACUUGGAGCUGCUGUUCAGGCUGGUGUUUUGGCUGGGGAUGUCAGUGAUAUUGUCCUUUUGGAUGUGACACCGCUGUCUAUAGGGCUGGAAACUCUUGGUGGUGUUAUGACAAAGAUCAUCCCUAGAAACACAACCUUGCCCACCUCAAAGUCAGAAGUAUUCUCAACAGCCGCCGAUGGACAGACAAGUGUAGAGAUUAAUGUCCUUCAAGGUGAGAGAGAAUUUGUUAGGGACAACAAAUCUCUUGGAAGCUUCCGCCUGGAUGGUAUCCCACCGGCACCACGUGGAGUACCUCAAAUUGAGGUCAAAUUUGAUAUUGAUGCAAAUGGCAUUCUCUCUGUCACUGCUGUUGAUAAAGGCACUGGGAAGAAGCAAGAUAUAACCAUUACUGGUGCUAGCACGCUGCCUGGUGAUGAGGUAGAGAGGAUGGUUAACGAAGCCGAAAGAUUUGCAAAGGAAGACAAGGAAAAGAGAGAUGCUAUUGACACCAAGAACCAAGCAGAUUCAGUUGUCUAUCAGACAGAGAAGCAGCUGAAGGAACUGGGAGACAAGGUUCCAGGCCCAGUGAAAGAGAAGGUUGAGGCAAAACUUGGAGAGCUCAAGGAUGCAAUCUCAGGGGGCUCAACCCAGGCCAUAAAGGAUGCCAUGGCUGCUCUCAACCAGGAAGUUAUGCAGCUUGGCCAGUCACUCUACAACCAGUCAGGUGCAGCGCCUGGUACCGACUCCCCUCCUGGCAGCGGAGCUGGGCCUUCGGAAUCAUCAAGCAAGGGCCCAGAUGGAGACGUGAUUGAUGCUGAUUUCACCGACAGCAAGUGAGAACAGGAGAGGGCCAGUAACCUCAUUUCCUCUUUUUGGCUUAUAGUCUUAAAUGUGUAAAGGAAUAUUUUGUUGGCAUUGGAUUUGAUGCUGGGGGUUAUUUUUUAGCUGCUUCCAAAUUUUUAUUAGGAUAUUAGGGGAUAUAAGUGUCCUGAUAAGUAUCUAUAAUAGUGGGAACUUUAGGGGGCCAACCCCUCCCCCGGACAAGGUUUUAAUUGUUUGUCAUUGCAAUGCUGAAUGAAUCCUCAAAUGAGAAUUUUGCUUGCCUUUUGGCCCCUUGUUGAUUUUAUGGUUCCUUCUGUUUUAUCCAUUCAUUUCUGAAAAUGACUGCUAAUUUUCC